ACAGAGACAAACCAAACCUCUUGGUCUCCGUCCAUUUCCCAAUUCGCUCACCCACACACCCUCAUUCACACCAAUAACCCCGUUCAGUCACCAACGCAACACCAACUAGCAAGCACCGGCAGCGAGAACACUCCACUCUCACACAGUCAGAAUCCCGAUCCCCAACCCCAGAAAUUCCCCUCUCUCACUUGUAUUCUCUCUCGCCCUCACUCUCACUCACUCUCACAUACGACACACCCACCAAAUCACACAUACCUACGUACUUUUCGUACAUACACUAUUACUCACUCAUCCCGACCUCACCCUCCGCGGUUUUCUGGCUCGCGCGCUAGGUACUCUCGUACUGUGCACUAUUGCCUCCCCUCACUCCCAACCUUGCCUGGCUUUGCCUUGCUUGGCUUUUCAAAUCCACACCCACCCACACCCACCACACCAAAAAAAGACUGAGAUCCCUCGUCUUGUUCCUCCCCUCGUCUUUUAGUCCCGCCCACCCCCCGGAAGUACCUGACCUUGCCUACCUUUCGAACUUCUUCGGUCUUGUCUCUCGACCGUCUGUCCAUCCAACCCUUUUUGACUUCACAUCGCCUCACAAUACAUACUUCAUCUUGCGUCCCGCCUGCGUCCCGCCUUAGCACCUUGCCUUUCUGCUAGCGACUUUUCCGACGUCUAUUUCGACUUCCCGACAACGAAAUCCGCGAACCAACCUCCUCCCUCGCACUACAACGACCCAACUUCUCGUCCAAGCCUUCGCUGUGUCACUGUGGGCUCGUUACGAUCCAGACAUCUUUCCUCGACUUCAUUCCCAGUCACCCAACCCGAAUCUACGCCUACACUACACAAUCGAACCGCUCCUACCAUGAUGGCAAUCUAAAGCCUGAACCGUCGUUGCGAUCUUUUUCCUCGGCCGCCGUGCGAGCCUCGUUCUUCGUUCUCCCACGCCCCUCAUUAUGUCGAGUCGCCGAUUGAGAAUUUCACGACCAGUCGAACCUGAGCGCUUCCACGAAUACUAUGGACUCACAACAGCCUCUUCCUCACCAGAGGAACUCUCACAACCCUCAUCUGCUGGCCCUUGUGCCGCCCACCUCCAAUACCCUACCCUUGAGGUCUUCCGCUAGCACGCCAAUGACCUCUCCGGGACUUUUCAGUCCCUCAAACCCGCGUCCGAAAAUGAACUUUCCGAUCCAUGCCUCGUCCGACUCAAACACUCCGAACGUCGAGACGAGCAGUCCCUACCUUCACCCACUCCAGAACCACAAAGUCAGAGAGACACAUAAAGCCUUGAUUGACUCCGACAGCAUUACCGGCCGCAAGCUCAUCAAUCAGUAUGAAGUCAUCGAAGAAAUUGGCAGAGGUGUGCACGGAAAGGUCAAGCUUGCCCGAAAUCUCGAGACGGGCGAAAAUGUGGCUAUCAAGAUCAUUCCACGGUACUCUAAGAGACGCCGACUCGGCAAGGUCAUGGCUAUGUCCCCGCAGGAAAAGACGAUGAGAGAGAUCGCCAUCCUCAAGAAGAUGAGGCAUCCCAACGUCGUCUCGCUGCUGGAGAUUAUCGACGAUCCGGAAUUGAAAAAAAUCUACCUAAUUCUCGAACACGUGGAGCUAGGCGAGGUUGUCUGGAGGAAAAAGGGAUUACCACACAUCUGCCACCAUGAGCGUCGUCGCAUCGAGAGAGAAUCCAGAGGUCAGCCGUUGACCCCAGAGGAGGAGCACUACGAAAAGAUAAUGGAGGAGAGGUACAAGAUCCGGGAGCAAAAGCGGGAAAAGAUGUCUCGAGCCAACAUGAACACACAUGAGUUUUGGAGUAUCGAGCACGGCAUUUCUGACGACGCGAGUUGUGGAUCGCAAUCCCGCGUUCCCUCAAGGGACGACCUAGGAGUUUUGGACUUUUUCGGAGGCGAAGGGUCACAACCCAAUUCGCUGCAGGCAUCCCGGGCAACAUCUCGAGCGCCAUCGCGGUCUCAGUCUGUGAAGUCAAUUCGCGACACUGUUUUUGACCAGGAAGCCAUCGACGACACCGAGGACAUUGAGACGCCAGGCCCGCUACAGACCAGCAACCCAGGCUCAGCUACCGCACUCGAUGGUACCAUGUAUGGCGCCUACAUGGAAGACGCGGCCUUUCGAGGUCGUUCACCCAGCAUGGCCGAUUCUAUCAUUUCGCACAUGUCCUCGGUCGACUGGAACACUCGGAUGCACGACCCUUUCGCUGAAGACUUUUCCUACGUUCCUUGCUUUACCAUCGACCAGGCAAGAACGACUUUCCGAGACACUGUCUUAGGCCUGGAGUACCUGCAUUACCAAGGUGUCGUACACAGGGAUAUCAAGCCUGCCAAUUUACUAUGGACCAAAGACCACCGCGUCAAGAUCUCCGACUUUGGUGUUUCGUACUUUGGCCGUCCCAUCCGAGAAGGCGAGGCCGACGAUGAGACGGUCUCAGAAUCCGAAGCACAAGAUUUCGACGAUGAUCUUGAGUUGGCCAAGACAGUUGGCACCCCGGCAUUCUUCGCACCUGAACUGUGCUACACCGACGCGGACCGCAUGGAACAACCGAAAAUUUCCGAAAUGAUCGAUAUUUGGUCACUUGGCGUAACGCUCUACUGCCUCAUCUACGGACGUAUUCCUUUCCAGGCCGAAGAUGAAUGGCAGAUGUUUCGAAAAAUUGCCACUGAGGAUGUCUUCAUCCCCCAAAAACGCCUCAGGGCAGUGGACCCUUCUACCCCUCCCAACUCUGAAUCUCUCUUCAAGCGGCAUAACGGACCUCCCUACAGGGACGACAACGAACUUGCCUACGAGAACAUCGACCCGAUCUUGCAGGACCUUUUGCGAAACAUGUUUACCAAAAACCCGGACAAGCGAAUUCGUCUGAAGGAUAUCAAGACCCAUGCCUGGGUUGCAAAAGGAAUUCCAGAUGUGGAAGCGUGGUUGGCUGAGACUGACCCAGCCAAGACUUCGGGCAGGCGAGUCCAGGUCAACGACAAAGAGGCAGCCCGCGCUGUCGUGCCUAUUGCCUUCUUGGAACGCGCACGAUCUACCGUGAAAAAGGCAGUCGGAAAGUUGAUGCACCCUUUAGGGGAUCGAAGCGAUAGCCGGUCAAGGCGGAGAGCUGCCAGCAGUGCUGCCAGCUCGGCUGGAGACAGCAUGUUCAAUGUACCGCCCACGCCACACUCGAGAGAAGCACGCAGAAAGAGUCUCAAGAGCGAAGACUAUUUUUCCAACGUCAAAGACUUUGCCUUUGGCGGCUCCGACCAUCCUCUUGUCCACAGCGAGACAGUUUCUCCGUAUGAAUCCCCCUACGACCCUCUCGCUACGGCUAUCGCUCAACCCGUCAAGGGCCAAGGAGCUGCCCUUUUACAUGCCAUUCAGAAUAGCUACAGUGACUCGAGGACGAAUAGUGGCACGGCAUCGCCUUCAGAUCAGUCAACAAUCCCUGGGACAGCGUCGUUUUACAAGCCUUUUCAGAGAUACUCGCAAAGCCCAUCGAAUGGCAAUAGCUUUUUGACGCUUACAGCUGGAUUACCCGAGGUCAGGACACAACCUCCUACCCCUUUUUCCGGUGACUCCACACUGGACGAUCCGUCCAAGGAAAUGCGGCAAACACGUGGAUACGAUGCCUUGACAGAGGAAGCUCUCCGUGCACGCUCAGCCGAGCGUGGCGUGUUCAGAGACCAAGAUAAGCGCGCCCCCGCACAAGUGAGCGUCACCACGGCGAGUGUACCCGGUACCCUCCAUAGGAUGCCUAGCCUUCCCGGCAAGCCUCGAGCUAUGCGAUCGGUGGACUUGGGUAAGGCGAAGCAGGCUACCAGCGCCCUAGCUUCGCCACUGUUCUUUUCCUCUCGGUCUGUCACCGGCUACCAGCAUGGCCAGCCACAAUCGGACUCAAACAUCUAUGAGAACCAGCGCCUCACGGCCGACCUAGAGGAGAGACCGCAGACAGCACACAGGAUUGAAAAUGUGCGGGAUAUACCGGAGGCAAGAACGCCACCACCGCGCACAUAUAAUACGUCAACUCCUGAGUCGUUCGCCCGCGCAAAAUGCGAGAUGCAGCGCAAGCAAAUCGCAGAAAGUGUUAUUCAACAAGCUGCGGACGACGUCAGGUCAGACAUUGCCGUGAUCGAUCCAACCGAAGUACCUUGCCCUCUCUCGCCCGAUGACGAGCGAUUUGGCACGCCGCCACCUCCAUCUCGUGAGGACACGAUGGAGACCGAAAAGUCCUCCCGUUCGACAUCCAUCGGUGGCUUGGCUUCUCCUAUAACGAAUCCCAGCGAAGUAGCCAGUCCCGUCUCGUCUGUCAACCACCACACGAAAGAGGAGAUGCUCGCCUUCCAAUCUGAUCCUUCGCUCCCCGCUCUUCUCAGCGGUGCCAGCUCGGUAUCCGAUGCUGAGCCCGUGGAGCCUGCUGUUGUCAAUAAGCCUGGUUUGCUCGAAACGACAGAUUCCCUGACACCUCCAGCAUACCUUAAGGAGCCCAUGGCUGGAUUUCCAUUGGAACAAUUCGAGCAACAGGGACGAUUCGAGACACACAAUGCGUCAUUUAAUGCCGGCCCGAUCCCGCUUCGCAUCACACGCAGCCCAGUCUACAGAAGCCCGCCGCCCAUUCAUCACAGUCCCGAUAUGCGUCCACAAGAGGACGAUGAUGACGACAGUGAUAGUGACGAGGGCCUUUUGAUGGCGAAGACCAAGAAGAAAUCCUCAACCAAUACUCACGUCGAACGAAUACCUUUCGGUGCAAGGCGACGUGACACAAAUGCGAGCAUUGCUAGUACAGAGACAGCCAAGAAAGUUGCCAUUGGCGAAGAGGUCAUCACCUGCGCCGACUGACUUUAGCGUGCUCAGCAUUCGAGUACCUGCUUAGCUCGCGGUACAUUACUAUAAGCACCCAACUUGACUCAUACUUUUUCCAACCUGUACAAUGGAUUCGGGGUGGUCUUUUUUGGCACAGCAUUUAUACACAGUCAGUGGACUUUUCAGGUUUUCUGCCUGCGUGUUCAACUGCUUGAACACAAUCCAUUUUCUUGCUUGAAGCAUAUCCCAAGAACAGCAUGCAAUCAGAUUGCACAUUUCCCGCUGGCACAUAUGUGCUGCCAGUUUCGAUUCGAGCGCGCUUCCUUUCCAUAUAGAGAAGGACUGCAAUGGUGGCAGUCUUUUGCUUUGACGCUUUCCUCUCUUUCAGAUGCCACUGUGGUUGGCGGAUGAAUUAUCAGAGCAGACUGGGACGACGACAUGUGGCCACGAAUGGAGGAGAAAUGACGGAGGGGACUACGAAAGGAGGCAGGUUGGGGGAAAUCGGCCAUCAGGGGAGGGUUUUGGGUUAUGGGACAGAGGAGGAUGCAUCGACGAUUAGACUCUUCCCCCAUGCUUUUCAUUUGUCUGCAGUGGAAGGUGAGGGCAGCGGGGCAAGUCAGACUUGGAUAGGGGUCUAUAGUCAUGCCUGUUCAUCAUUUCCACACCCCAUGAAGUUUGAACAGAUUUUUUUUUCUUUAUCUAGCAUCGGCAGCGAGGUUUCGGGAGGGGGUUGUGUUUCUAAUAGCGGAGGCGGGAGGUUGAUCAUCUGGGAUCGGGUCUAUCGCCCAGAUGGUAACGGCGCUUCUUGUUUCUCGGCGCCUUUUGUUUGUGGAGGAAAUCUUGCAUGUACACAUCCCAAAUCCGACCACAGAUCGCGAAAGAGAAGCGAUGGGAAGACUCGUCUAUGAGUGAAUAGAAGCGAUGAAC